AUGCAAGCGUCGUCAUCCCGGUGUCUUCGCCUUGUAGCCACAGCUACUGUCCAGCAGUCCCAGGCCACCAGCGCUCAGUCGCCGUCGUCGCUAGCGGUGAAGGAGGACGCGCCGAUUAACUUCGACGAUCUAGGGUUCGGGCUGGUGGAGACGGACUACAUGUACGUCGCCAAGUGCGUGCGCGGGGAGGAGUGGCAACAGGGCGAGCUGCGGCCGUACGGCAACCUCGAGAUUAGCCCCGCUGCUGGCGUGCUCAACUACGGCCAGGGCGUGUUCGAGGGCAUGAAGGCGUACCGCACGGCGGACGGGCGCGUGCUGCUCUUCCGCCCGCGGGAGAACGCCCUGCGCAUGCAGGAGAGCGCGGACCGGCUCAGCAUGCCCGGGCCUCCCGUGGAGCAGUUCGUGCAGGCCGUGAAGGACACCGUGCUGGCGAACCUGCGAUGGGUGCCGCCAUGUGGCAAGGGCGCGCUGUACAUCCGGCCACUGCUGGUGGGCACGGGACCAGUGCUAGGGCUGGCACCAGCACCAGAGUACUCCCUGCUCAUCUACGUGUCGCCAGUGGGGAACUACUUCAAGGGCGCCACGCUCACGCCCAUCGCCCUCAAGGUGGAGGAGCUGUAUCAUCGCGCCGCCCCCGGUGGUACCGGUAGCGCCAAGGCCAUUGGGAAUUACUCCCCGGUGCUCAAGACUCAGAUUGCGGCGAAGCAAGAUGGGUUCUCCGAUGUGGUGUACCUGGAUGCUCAAGAGAACAAGUACAUUGAGGAGGUGUCAUCGUGCAACAUCUUUGUGGUGAAGGACAAUGUCAUCUCCACUCCCGACCUACGCGGCACCAUUCUCGCAGGCAUCACCCGCCGCAGUAUCCUUGAACUCGCCCACUCCUUGGGCUACAAGACGGAGGAGCGCCAGGUGUCGAUUGAGGAUUUGCUGGGAGCGGAUGAGGUGUUCUGCACGGGGACCGCUGUGGUGCUCUCUCCUGUGGGCGCUGUGACAUUCAGAGGGAACAAGACUACAUUCGGCGACGGAGAAGCAGGGAAGCUUUCACAGCUGCUGUAUGAACGGCUUACUAACAUUCAGAAGGGCGUGGAUCCGGACACGAUGGGAUGGACGGUUCAGAUUGCGUGA